AACCGCGCACUGCUGUUCCCAGGCUGUGUCUCUGAUCGGUUCUCUGCUGUGUAAAAAAGCAUCUUCGUGAGCGAGAGAAAGCGAGAGAGCAAGAGAGUGAGAGAGUGACCUCAGAGGAGAAAGACAGGUGGCAUACCUCUUCCAACAAGAAAUAAAGCAGCAGGAAAGUUCCAGAUUCUGCCUGGCAAGCCAUCAUGAGUUCUAAGAAUCGCAGAUCCCAGAGGAUCCCAUUCAAUGAGAAGACGAAUUUGAGAAUGGAGCAGUUUUUCUCUCCGGUCAGCAAAGAGGAAACGGAGAAGGACUCUGGGAAUGAUGCAAAAGAGAAACCUGGCAUCCAGGCCAAAGGGCCCAAAGAUUCGAAAAUAAAACUUUUAAUUCAAGUUGAGGGAGAAAGCAGACCAAUUGAGUAUUCACACAGCAAGAAAGACAUCUUAUAUAGGGCACUGAAGUGUGUUGGAGCUCUCAAAGCAAUCAUGAUCUCUCAGAGUGGCAAGCAAGUGCUGGUGCGUACCAUACAGGGCAUUGAAGCUUACUUAGCCCUUCACAGCCCCCUCCACUGUUUGCCUGAAGUCACUCGUUUGCAAAUUAUCGUAAUUAGAAGUCAGAGUGGGGAGACAGAAGUCAACAUCAACUGGUUACUUGACUAUUCUCCUGAUUUUAACACCAACUGUGUCAAAUUUUAUAUUCAUACAGUUGGGAAGAGGGCGGAAAGGAUUGUUCAGUGCAGGAAACUUCACAAGCAAGGGAACAAACUCUGUGUCUAUGGUUUUGAAGGAGAAACCAUUAAGGAAGCUUUGUGCCGGGACGGCAGGUUUCUGCCCUCUGUGGAGAACAGUGUUUGGAAACUUGUGGAAAACCAGGAAUACAUUUUAGAGAGCUCCCAGCUCGUGGAUGACCUGGAGGGAAGACUCUUUGAGCUUGAGUUUGAGAAAAGGAGUAGCUCAAGGACAGCCGGUGCUCAGAAUCUUGAGACAGGAGAGAGAAAUACAGAAGCAAGUUUAGACCUGUACCCUGGUUUGAAAACAGAAAGUGAAAAAUUCAAAGAAAACUUUGAGAAGGAAUUCAAGGGAGCCAAAAGAAAAGCCAGAUUCUUUAACUUACACAAAACAAACUUUUCAAAACUGGUCAAGGACUCUACUCCAGUGACAGUACACAAACUUCUUUAUAAUCUCAGCAGCUCAGUUGGGUACCUCUCAUGGAACAACAAGGGAAAUAUGGGCUGUGCCACCUGCUUUGUUUUUCACAAGCAGUUCAUUUUCACUUGUUGGCAUGUGGUGAGAGAUAUUGUGGGAAAGGGAGUAGAUCAAACUAAGUGGGCAACCUUAGUUAGUGAGUGUACAAAGGUGUCAUUUGGUUAUGAAACGGUUAUACAGAAGGAAGAGAAAUGCUUCUCUCUUGAGCCUUGGUUUGAGGUAGCUGAUGAAAGUCUUGAUUAUGCUGUUUUGAAACUGAAAAUAGAGAAAGUCCAAGUUCCUUGUGGACUCUACAAGGGACUUCAUCCUGCAUCAUUUGAUGGCUUGAUAUAUAUAAUUGGUCACCCAGAAGGAAAGCCAAAGUCUACGGAGUCUUGCCUUGUGAUCCCUCAGGCUCAGCGAGAACAAGAAUGUCUGGCUAGGCAGGCAGAGGUUCCCUUUUUCCACAUGUUCACUCAAAGGAGUUUCCAGGAAAUAAGUGAAAAUAAUGAUGUGAUUACCUAUCACAGCUCUUUUUUCUUCGGGGCUUCUGGAUCCCCUGUGUUUAAUGCAGAGGGUUCGCUGUUGGGCAUGCAUGCUGCUGGUCUGAGUAUUAACUUCCACAAAGAUACACUCAUUGAGUUUGGCCCGUGUAUGCGUUCCAUUCUUAGUCAUAUGGAGAAGAACUUUCCUAAGUGGUAUUUAGAAAUAGCUGCCAAUCCCAUUCAGGAUGAAGAAAUGGAGGAUUGAGAAUGGCGAGAAUUCAGUUUUCUUAAGGGAAAUUCCUUGCAUUCCAUAGGGCGU